UCAACCGUGACUUUUAUUAUGGUGUGUGAAUUCUACCACCAACCGGAACAAGCCCGUUGGGAUGGUCAGCAUUUAAAUACCUCUAGAAAGCAAUUAAGUAUAAAUCCUGUUUAAAUAAUGAACCGAAUUUUCGGUCGGAGCAAACAGACGCCUCCACCCAACCUUUCUGACUGCAUAGGCAAUGUGGAUACGAGGGUCGAGUCAAUCGAUAAGAAAAUAGCGAGAAUCGACGCAGAGCUAAUGAAGUAUAAGGACCAGAUGAAAAAGAUGAGGGAUGGACCCUCAAAAAACACAGUAAAACAGAAGGCGAUGAGAGUGCUGAAACAAAAGAGAAUGUAUGAGGGUCAAAGAGAUCAGCUUUCCCAGCAGUCAUUUAAUAUGGAACAAGCCAACUAUACAAUCCAGUCAUUAAGGGACACCAAAACAACCGUGGAGGCUAUGAAGAUUGGAGCAAAAGAAAUGAAGAAAGCAUAUAAACAAGUGAAGAUGGAUCAGAUUGAAGACCUGCAGGAUCAACUGGAAGACAUGAUGGAGGAAGCCAAUGAGGUGCAGGAAGCUCUCAGUCGCAGCUAUGGCACACCAGAGAUCGAUGAGGAUGAACUGGAAGCAGAGUUGGAUGCUCUGGGAGAUGAGUUACUGCUGGAUGAUGACAGCUCAUAUUUAGAUGAAGCCUCGUCUGCACCCUCCAUUCCUGAAGGAAUACCCAGUGACACUAAAACCAAUAAGGAUGGCGUUCUGGUCGAUGAGUUUGGCCUUCCACAGAUCCCUGCCACAUAAGAAUCUGUUCUCUGAUCAGUGUUUUAUAUACAUGCGUUGGAGGAAGUUAUUAGUGCUGGUAAAUGGUAUUGGACAUGUUUUGUUGUAUUAAUUGCCAGUCUACCAUUUGUCAACUAAUCAACUGUUUUUGUUACAUGUUGAACAUGAAGCACAAUUUUAAUUAGAAUUUGGUCAUGUAAACAUGUUAGCCUGUUUGACAGUGAUAUUCCAGUUUUUAGAAAUUUAAAGAAAUCUGGUAUAAACCUUAAAUCCGAAUUUUGGGUCACCUACUAAGAAUUUCCAUUAUUUCCUGAGCAUACCUUUAUAUCAACGCAUGUCCUAACAAAAGUAAUUUUGGAUGAUACGAGAUCCAAACAGUUAAAAAAGUCAAGCUAAAAUAAAUACAUAAAAAUACAGACAUUUAAACAUGUAAACCCAUGUUAUUUCAUAAUAUAGCAGUUUCUAAUUUGAAUAUUUUUACAGUUAAUAUUAAUGUCUAUGCCCUUGCUUCACUCUGGACUCUGAAGCUGAAAUGUUGGCAGAAUUAUCUUGACAAUAUUAUAAGUAUUUCAUGUAGUUCUGUGUGGCAUGAAUGAAGAAUCUACCUUAUUGCUUUAAAGCAAUGUAAAGCAAGGCAUAUUCAGAUCUGAAUGUUCUUUGAAUUAUCAAAGUUACGUCUUUUUCUUGAUAAUAAAAUUCAUUAAUAUACAUCAGGAUCUGAAAUAUUCUGAAAUGUGAAAUGCAUCACUGGAGUCUGUAAGAGUUGAAAUAAAUGGUGGUAUUUAAAAAAA